AUGACACCCAAGGUAAUGUUUCUGGCUUGCCUCUUGGGGGCGCUGCACUGCCUCUCAUCUCUGCCAGUAUUGGAGGCCACGUCUCUUGCAAAAGUUUCACACGACGUAGUAUCUGACCCAGCUGUCAGUAUUGACUCUGAGCAGGCCAAUAACUUUCUGGCACGACCUCGCCUGAGAAGAGAGGCCGUCGCUGAUCCAAACUGGUAUCGGAAAAAUCCGGACUUCCAGUCGUAUUAUCGUUACUACAGCAGUAUUGGACACACCGAAGGGCUCUAUGAGAUAGACAAAAUUAGAAUGCUGUACCAGCAGAUGCGUCACUUGGAACUCACCUAUGGCCCCGAUGCAUCCAAAUACCAGAAUACCCUUGGUCUAAAACUGAAGACGACAGCUGCACCAACCUCACAGCCUCCACCCCUCACCUUGCCACCCAUCUCAAAGGUGGAUGUCAUUUACUUGUGUAACGCAAAGGACCCACAGUGCAAGCCACGGCUUGUGUACCUGCCCACCGGCGCUGUGCCUGUGCUUUGCGAUCCACGUUACCACCCAAACUGUAAACUUAGCACAGUUCAGGUGAAUUCUCCAUCUGUACUAACCUCAGAGUUGGUGGCGUCUCCACCUACCAUCCCAAAAAAAUCCACUCCACCACCCCCUCCAGUGAUCAUCAAAGGGAUGGAGUAUGACUGUGAUCCCUACUGGGAUCCUGACUGCCUGAUCGACCACCCUCCUAGACCAGUAGAGAUGCUUGAAUCACCAGCGAAAGAAAAGGAACCAGAAAUCAAGGUCAUCUUAAAUGAUCCAUUUCCCACUUAUGAUCCUUAUGAUUUCAAUCAAGAUUUAUAUGAUCCUUUCCGUCAUGCUGCUCCAGUCCGUGGUCCAAAGUAGGGAAUCAUUUCAACAGGUUUAUUUUAUUAAUACAUAUUUUCACAAACAUGUUUACUUAUUGUUGUAAUGUGACAUACAAUAUUUAAGAGUUAAGUUAAACUAUAUAAUU